AUGGCGUGGGCCACCUGGUUGGCAGCGGUCUCUUGGCUCAGCGUCCUGUCGCACAGUGCGCGUUGCCACCCCCUGAGCGGUUGGGAACGGCCGCCCCGGGUCGGCGGCGACGCCUUGGACGGCUACGCGGACGGGGACGCCUGGGAGGGAGAGGGCGGCUUCGGCGCCCCCGAGCGCGGAGCCCCGCGGGGUCCGACGCCGUCGGGCGGCCCCGCGCACGAGGACCCGGUCCGGGCGGACCCGCCCCAGUUCAUGAUCGACCUGUACAACAGGUUCGCCGCCGACCGCUCCUCCGCGCCGUCCUCCAACAUCGUGAGGAGCUUCGUGAACGAAGACGCCGCAGCCCCCGCGUUGCCCGAGGCGGAGAGCAAAGUGCGGAAACACACCCUCCUCUUCAACGUCUCGGUGCCCCAUCACGAGGAGGUCGUGAUGGCCGAACUCAGGCUCUCCACCUACGUGGAGAGGGACAGGCGGCUGUACGAGGGCGUCGAUAGGAAAGUCGCGGUGUACGAAGCCGACGAGGGGGUGGAGGGUGCGGAGCCCGGGGGAGCCCGGCUGUCCAUCCUGGUGUCCAAGCGCAUCGGCGGCCAAGACAGUGGCUGGGAAGCCUUCGACGUGACCGAGGCCAUCAGGCGUUGGGCGAAAUCCUACACCACGACCCACGCGUUGGAGGUCCACAUCGAGAGCGUCGAGGGGGGAUCUCGGCAAGUGGGGGCGCUGGGUCUGGGUCUGGGGCCGAACCCCGAGAGCAGAAACGUGCCUCUGCUGGUGGUCUUCUCGGACGAUCGGAAGCGCGGCCGGAGGGAGGCGAGCGGCGAGGUCAAGGAGAUGAUCUUCCACGAGCAGGAGCUGGUGCUGGAGGAGCUGGUCGAGCGGUCGAGCGUCCGGGGGGGGCGCGACGAGGACCUGAUCCAAGCUCAGGCCAACAUGCUGCCCGACGACUCCACGUCGAGGACCCGCAGGAACGCCGAGAGCAACUACUGCAAGCGAGUGCCCCUCCACGUGGACUUCACCGAGAUCCGCUGGGACUCGUGGAUCAUCGCCCCGAAGGACUACGAGGCGUACGAGUGCAAAGGUGUGUGUUACUUCCCCCUGACGAACCACGUCACGCCCACCAAACACGCCAUCAUCCAGACUCUGGUCAACCGCUCCAACCCCAAGAAAGCCUCCCGAGCUUGUUGCGUCCCCACCAAACUCGAUCCCAUCUCGGUCCUGUACCGGGACUCGGCGGGCGUCGUGACUUACAAGUACAAAUACGAGGACAUGGUGGUGGCGGAAUGUGGGUGCAGAUAGUAAACCACCACA